AAAGCCAAUAGAAUAACUGGUUUUUCCAUUUCGGUGUCAGACUCUCAGCUUUCUCCGCUGCGCCUUUCUAUUUCCCGCUUCCAUCCACAGUCACCGCUAAGGUUUUUCCCUCUCCAAUGGCACCCGUUACUCGAAGAACCGCGUUUCCCAAGGUUCUCAUUGAGAGGGACUCUGAAUCAGAACAGAGUUCUUCCGAGGAAGAGGGAGAAGAAGAAGAAGAAAGAAUACUUGAAGAAGAAGAAGAAGAGGAUGAUGAUGAUGAUGAUGAUGGGGUUACGACUACAAGUGAGAAGACUGAGAAUCUGGAAGUGGGUUCGGACGCAAACAGAAAAGGGAAAGCCCCCAUCACUAUUAGUCUCAAAAAAGUCUGCAAGGUAUGUAAGAAGCAUGGUCAUGAAGCGGGGUUCAAGGGUGCCACGUAUAUUGAUUGCCCCAUGAAGCCUUGCUUUCUGUGUAAAAAGCCUGGACACACCACUUUGACUUGCCCACAUCGUGUCUCAACUGAGCAUGGAGUUGUCCCAGCACCCCGUAAGAAAACGUGUAAACCUUUGGAAUACGUAUUUGAACGCCAGCUAAGGCCAUCCCUUCCUUCGAUCAAGCCCAAAUAUGUGAUCCCAGACCAAGUGAAUUGUGCUGUCAUCAGAUAUCACAGUAGACGGGUAACAUGCUUGGAGUUCCACCCGACCAAGAAUAACAUUCUGUUAUCUGGAGAUAAGAAAGGGCAACUUGGAGUAUGGGAUUUUGGAAAGGUAUAUGAGAAGGUGGUCUAUGGAAACAUACAUUCUUGUUUACUGAACAAUAUGAGGUUUAAUCCUACAAAUGACUGUAUGGUCUAUUCUGCAUCCUCAGAUGGAACCAUUAGUUGCACUGACUUGGAGACAGGACUAUCAUCUUCUCCAAUGAACCUGAACCCUGAUGGAUGGCAGGGUCCGAACACUUGGAAAAUGAUCUAUGGCAUGGAUAUUAACUGUGAGAAAGGUCUUGUUCUUGUUGCUGAUAGCUUUGGUUUUCUUUACAUGGUUGACAUGCGCUCCAACCACAGGAAUGGUGAUGCAAUUUUGAUCCACAAAAGAGGAACAAAAGUUGUCGGUAUCCAUUGCAAUCCAAUUCAACCAGACAUCGUUUUGACUUGUGGAAAUGAUCAUUUUGCUCGUAUAUGGGACCUGCGUUAUAUAGAAGCUGGAUCAUCCCUUUAUGACCUUAAGCACAAUCGUGUAGUUAACUCUGCAUAUUUCUCCCCAUUUUCUGGAACCAAAAUUCUCACUACAUCACAAGACAACCGUCUUCAUAUAUGGGAUUCUAUCUUUGGUAAUAUGGACUCUCCUAGCCGAGAAAUUGUACAUAGCCAUGAUUUCAAUCGGCAUUUGACACCCUUUAAAGCUGAAUGGGACCCAAAGGAUCCAUCAGAGUCCCUUGCUGUUAUUGGUCGAUAUAUAAGUGAAAAUUAUAACGGAGCUGCUCUCCAUCCCAUUGAUUUUAUAGAUACAAGUACAGGGCAAUUGGUAGCUGAAGUGAUUGACCCAAAUAUCACAACGAUCAGUCCAGUUAAUAAGCUUCAUCCCCGUGAAGAUAUCCUGGCAACUGGGAGUUCCAGAUCUCUGUUCAUUUGGAAGCCCAAAGAGAAGUCAGAGCUUGUUGAGGAGAAGGAUGAAAGGAAAUUUGUGGUAUGUGGAAGAGCUGAAAAGAAGCGUGGUAAGAAAAAGGGCGAUAUUAGUGAUGAAUCUGAUGAUGAAGGACUCAUGUCCAGCAAGUCCAAGAAGUUCAAGUCCACAAAGACUAAGAAUAAACACUGAAUAAUAUAAAGUCUGCUCUUGCAGAGUGUUUUGAGGAUUUUCUCAGUGUUUUUGAAGGUUUUCCAAUCAACUGCUAACCCUGUAUGGUGCCAAACACUUCUCUUUUGUAUUGUUUUUUGGAAUUUGAUGUUAGAUUUUGUGUUGUUUCUGGAAGUGGUGAUUUUGUAUCUGAUGCAAGCCUUAUUCCACCAAUCUGGCUUUAGUAGUUUGUAGGAGUUCAGAUUCUCUACUGAAUAUUUUGGUGUUGUCUUCUGCUGUGUCUUCAAAAUAUAUUGAUGUUAGUACUUUAAAAGUCUUUUUCAUAUAUUUUAAAACAUCAAAAUCAGUGUUAUAAUUGUAUUUUGAAGACACACCAGAGGAACAAUAUAGAAGAAUCUAGUGAAGAAUCCAAAUUCUAGUUAGUAGUGCUAGUGUAUCAUAUUAGAAGAUAUGCACUGUAGUAUUGUAGGUUAUAGUUAUUGGUUUUGUUUGAUUAUACCUUUUUUGCUGAUGUUGUAUGGUAUAGUCUCCUUCAUGCUUAUUAUUAAGAUUGACAUCUUAUCUUCA